GGGGGCGUGGCCCGGGCGCCGCGCGACGGGCAAGAACGGCCGGCCAGGCGCGAGGAGAAAGGGGCUGCUGAGGGAGGGAGCGAGCGAGAAAGCGCGGGAGCGAGCGAACGUCUGUCCUUGCCUCUCUCUCUCUCUCUCUCCCGUUGAGGAGUCGCUCUCUCUCGCGCGGCUGUUUUGUGUGUGUGUGUUUGUGUGGCGGCAGUAGCAACGCUGCGGCGCCGCCUCUCGCGGGUGGCGCUGUGGGUCGGAGGGAGGCAGGCGCUGAAGGGGUCUCAUAGGGGUUCCGCUGUGGUUUCCCCCCCCCUCACCUUCCCCGUUCUUCCAGGGGGGGUGUGGGCAGAGAGGUUAGGCGGGAGAAGCGAGCGAGCGGGUGACGGGUGGCUGGUGGUGGUGUUAGAUCCCUUGGGUGCCCUCUGUAGUUGGUCGUGAGGGGAGAUCUCCCCCCCCCCAAAAAAAAACACUCGAAAGGGUUUUCGGGGGGCCUUUGUGAUUUUUAUAUUUUUUUUUUCUGUGGGGCCGAGCAGCGCCUUUUUUGGGCGGGAGUCUUAAUUGUGGGUUGCGCAUAACGCCCCCCCCCCCCAUCAUUUAAGUCUUCUGAGGAACAGAGCUGAGCUUUAUUUCGGGGAGAGGGGAUUAGACAAGACGCCUUAUGUGUGUGUAUGAGUCUCUGGAGUAAGAGACCCCCUCCCCGCCUGCUUGUUUUGUUUUGUUUGAGGGAGGGUCCCCCCAUACUUUGCCUAGGAAAAAAGCAAAUCUUAUCUCGGAGCCCAUUUAUUUGGGGAGAGAGGGGGCGGGACACUUAGCCAAAGAAGACCUUUUGACAGAGAUCUUUUUGAAGGGCAUCUGGUUUUUUUGGGGGGGGGGGUCCCUGCUAUAAGUAGCAUCAUGGAAAACUCCUGAGGGACCUCGCAGGUCCCUUCUGUUAUCCUUGCAGAGUCUUUGGAAAAGAGAGAGAGAGAGGCUUCUGGUCUGUGUCUUAUUUCUUUUGCAGGGGGGAGCUGAUUUGGGGGUUGUUUUUUUCCAGUUCUCUGGUUUCUUGCAAGGAGCUAGCUGGGAUGUAGGAGGGUUCCAGAGGCCUAGGCUUUUGCAGUUAAAGCCUGUGAUUCUCCCCAUUAUUAUAAGGUAGGCUUGUCCCCUGCACACACACAUUCUACUUCCUGCUCCUGCUGCUGUUUUAUUGACCUCACACCAGGGAAAUGUCGGAGCUGAGGAAGAGAGGAGCUGGUGGAGAUCAUGAAACUGCAAACCUAAUUGACAAGGUAAGGUUGAAUGGGCCUCUUUUUCGUUUUACCUGUUUCCAGGUAUGGGGACAUGGAAGGUGUGAGCCCUGUCAGUUUCCGAGGAGGAUACUUCGCAUACUAUUUCCUCCCAGCAGAUUCCACCACCCUUUCUGCUUGGGGUAUGAUGUAAGCAGUUCUUGUUCCCCACGGAGGAUUAAGAGUUGAAAGAGAGACGCUUCUUUGCUGUCUCCUCUUUCACUCGGUUAUCAUUUCACCUCUGGGGAUAUGCCUGAGUAAUGAAAUUUGGGGCAGGUGUUUGCUUACUUCACCUCUCUCUUAGGAAGUCACUCUUCCGUGUCACUGACACUUGACCGUCCUUUAUCCUGCGGUGAAGGUGUGGGAAAUUGAAAGUCAUUCUCCCUUCCCCACACCUCUGCAUUUUUAACAUGUUCAUUACUUAACAAGGUUGAGAGUAUUCAAGGUGAAUUGGUAAAGCUUAAAAAUGUGGAUAUUGUGCACCGUUCCAGUUCUGCAGUAAGAGGCCCUUCUCUCUACCUGCAGUUUGCUCUCUGUGCAGAAGGUUGUUCUUUGCAUCACUCCUCCCCUUGUUCUACGUUUUCACUAGCUAUAGGAUGUAAACAGCCGGUUCACUAAUGCAUUGACCCUGUGCAUUGGAAGGAAGUAAAAAAUAAACUGCUGAAUUUGUUCUUGUUAGCUUGUUUCAACACCCAUGUCAGGUUAUAUAUUUAUGGUUUUCUAACUGACAGACAUUUGACUCUGGGCUCAGAUAUAAUAUUUCAAGAGGAGAAGCUGUUGUUGUUCGCUUAACCCCCUGCCCCCCCUUUCAUGGAUAUGUGUGCGUUGGUUUUGUGCCUAUUAGCCCUUAGGCAGAGGGGAUGAAACAAUUCAUUAGCAGUUGUGUUUUUGCCUUACAUAAACUGUAUGUGAUUUUAAGUACUGAAACGUAGGCUUUAAGAAGUAUGUGUCAUUCCUAUGACUGAAUAUUAAAGCUGACACUAUAUAAUGCAUAAUAGAGGCAUCUUAAUGAAAUAAUAAUGCCAAGAUUUUAAAUAUGUCUAGACUGUAUAUGUAUGCUUUGCCAAAAAAUGCACCAUUCUUUUAGUGCUAGGAAAUAAAUGGAAAUGGGUGAGCCCAGGUUUUUUUUGCCUUUUAAAUUCUAGCAGAACUUGGAAAUGAAAGGUAGUGGUAUUGUCAGUAAACUCAAUUGUUUUAGGCUGCUGAAUACACCUGAGCAAGCAGGCCAGUUUUUCAAACUUUCUAACUUCAGGAAGUGAUGGAAUAAAGAGAGAGAGAGAGAGAGAGAGAGAGAGAGAGAAAUGGAUCCUGUUUUCAAGCUCAUAAACUUAAAACAGAAGGCAUCCAAGAGAAGGGGACUGGAGGGAAAGGUUAGAAUAAGAUCACUUCUUCAAAGAUGAAACAAAAUGGUAUCAGUCAGGCUGAUCUUCCCGUAUUGGGCUGAUCUUCCCUUACUGGUGUUUGUGCUUGAAUAGCAGUUGCUUGCUCUUGUUCCUUUGGCUGAAGGAUGAGGCUGGAGUUGCCUUUCCCCUUGCUUUUUUUCUACAUCUCCAGGGCAACUGACAGUUGGAGCAGUGUGUUCUUUCAGGGGGUGGGGGGAAUACAGGUUCCCUGUAGCUGUUCUGUUUCUGGCCAGUGAAUGGGGCCAAGAUGGUCUGCUCCUUGCCAUAAUGAUCUUCUUGGGAUGCGUAGGGAGCAGCUUCCUCAUGGCUCUUGGUCUCAUACCUGAUGACAGAAGGCAGAGUAUCCUGCCUUUCAGCUCUACAGUCCCAGGUCCAUGGGGCAGGGAUGGUGCUGGAGAGAAGUAGCAGUGACUAUACUCUCUCGAAUUUUGUAUUAUGCCAUGCCUGUCAUGGCAGCCAUUUUCUGACCACUGCCUGCGCCACUUUUUGACUGCUGGUCAAAAAAGGUUGGCGACCCCUGUUUGACGUUACCCACCACUCUCCAACACAAGAACCUUCAUCUAUCAUAAACAAAACCUUACGGUAAUUGUGUGUUAACUUUAUUGUAAACUUGUUUGCAUGUAUGCCUGAUGUUGGAAAGAGCACACUGCAUCCUGGGGGCAGCAAAGAAGUCCUUCAUUGGCACCAUAAUCUCUGUAACACUGGGCUGGCAAUCCCUGAUCCUUUGGUGCAUCUCCUGUUGCCUUGUGUGCAGUGCCUUUUUUUUUUUAAUGGAGUAUUCAGUCAUGUGAAUCUUGACCUGCAAUCUGAAGUGAUAUAGCCAAGCUAACAAGCUAAUAGGCUUGCCAUCAAAUCUGCUGCUUGAGAUAACUAGACAUGUUGAGUAACUGCAGUAAACUGGCCAGCCUCUUUAUUACUGCAUUUUUGCCAUCUUCUAUGAACUAAGUGAGAAUCUUGUAUGCUUAUUUGUGUUCAUGAAGGGGAUGCUAAUUUCUCCUAGUUCAAACACCUGUUGAAAGUUGUUCUGUAGAGUCUCCCAACCUUCAAGAAUUGAUUCUUGGAGUAGUUUUAAAAACAACAACAAAAUAUACCGGUAGCAUGAGUUAGAAGGAGCAUGAGUUUCUGCCCUUUGCUCCUGCCUUUGGGUAGGGUUGUGAAAAACAUGCUGUUAGUGCACUUUAAAACCCUGGGUUUCUUCCUGUGGGCUUUCACCACCGCAGGCAAGGAUAACGACAUUAAAAAUCAAUCAAAAGCAUCCAGGGGAAAUCCCGACAUGUAAGCAAUGCAAUCAUCAGUCUUAAUGUUUUAAAGUCUGUGAGCACCACAGGCACUUUUGACGUGUGGCAGAAGAAGAAAAGGAGCUGUGGGUGCCCUAGUGGCUGGGGAAACCCAGUGAUAAGCCCUUCUAAGUACAAAUUUUACCUCCACAUCUGACACUGUCACAAUUUUAGAGUUGAGCAGCAACACUUAGCUUUUUCAUUCUGUUGAGAUGUCAUUUGUUAGCUGCUUGCUCACAAGGGAUUCCUAGUGGAAGGGAUUUCCUGGAAGGGAAUUCCUGGUGGAAACCCAGCCAGAUGGGCGGGGUAUAAAUAAUAAAUUAUUAUUAUUAAAUUAUUAUAGUGGAAGCUGCCAACCUUGUUGUCAUCAGUGGCUCCUCUGACAAUGGUCUGGUUUCUCCCCGCUUCUCUUUAUUGCUGCCACUUAAAGGUCCCUCUGAGGGGCUCACAAGGGUGAGCUACCUGCUAAGACCUCUGUUGAGUGAGGGUAGCUUUGCCCAGGCCAGGGGCUUCUGGCCACCAGGGGUAGGGGUGGGGGAUAUGGAGGAAUGUAGCCUUGGUGUGUCAGGAGGUGGGCCAGUUAUCUCUCAGAAUUGAAAAGCAUGCCCUGUAUCUGAGCAUGUGCAGAGUGCCUUCCCCCAGAAUUACUAUGCAGUCGCAGCCAGCCCCCACCCCAGCAGAGUAGGGCAAGGGACUAUGAAGAUCAGGGUCAGGGCUGUUCCCUUCUGUUGUGCUGACUUGGUGUGGCAGUGGGGAGAGAGAUACUGUGAGCAUUUAGGUUGCAGCAGCUGGGACCAUUCACCCUGAUCCAUUUACAGUUGGAGUUGCUAGCUGUCCCCCCCCCCCCCCAAUUGUUAGACUACAGCUAAGAGCUGUUCUACAGUGGAAUGGAGUCCUUCAGAAGGUGGUGGACUCGCCUUCAUUGGAGGGUUUUGAGCAGAGGUUUGAUGGCCGUCUGUCAUGGAUGAUGAGAUUCCUGCAUUGCAGGGGGUUGUACUAGAUGACCCGCAGGGUCCCUUCCAACUCUACAAUUCUGUGAAAUGCUCUGGUGUAGUUGUGGCUCUAGAGAUCCUAGAGGGUAAUGUAUGUUGUUAAACAGCAUGUUGUAAUGUUUGAUCUAAUUACAAAAACAAAUUAGUGAGCAAUCCUGUGAGCCUGGGAAGGAGAAAUUUGCAGCUGAGCAGUUAUAACAGCAUGGCAGUAGCGAACAAUGCUGUCCUGGGCAGUCAUAUGUUGUCCUGGACAGUGACCAUUGCUACUGUUUGAUGAUGCUUGCAGUUGUAGCAGGUGCUUGGCAAGCAAAGUUUUGCUGGGCUACUGGGUUUGCCCUUGACUGCUAGGAAUCCCUUGUUUAAUGAGCAAGCAGCUAGCAAAUGACAUCGCAACAGAAUAGAAAAGCUAAGUGUUGCUGCCCAACUCUAAAAUUGUGACAGUGUUAAAUGUGGAGGUACAAUUUGUUCUUAGAAGGGCUUACCAUUCCAGUUUGUGUGAAGGAAAGACAAAGGAAAUAUUUACUUGCUACUUAUUAUAAUCCAUUGGAGUCUCUUGCUUUAUUUUGUAUAAAUAAGUUAUCUUAAACCUAUGAGCCUGGCAGUGUGCAGCUCUUCAAAUUCUUGGAAGCAGUAGGGCUGGGAGUUAAAUCUGGAGCUUUAGUCACACAACAUGCCCUCUGCCCCUGAUCAGCGACUCUUUUAAUCAUCUUCAGAUUAAUUGUUAAAGGCCUGGUUAUAAAGUUUUUGCCUAGUGCCUAAAUAUAUAAACUGAUGGUACCAGGUGAGCCUGCUUUGGGAGAGUGUUCCACGAACAGUGGCAGCUUAUGGAGAAGCAAUGGGACAUAAAAUAAGGCAGCCCUCCCCAAACUAUUGCCCUCCACAUGUCUUGGACACCACCUUCCAUCAGGCUGUGACACAAGUGAGGGAAAGGCGAAGGGGCUGAGAACAGCAGAGGCAAGAAAAAUGGUGGCACAGCACAAAAACAGGGCUCUGCACACUUAAAAGGCUCCUAACAUAUUAUUUUGCAUUCUGCCACAUACUAUACUGCAGGGUGCCACAGCAUCAGGCACAAGUGAGCAAAAUGUACCAUGCUACAAGUGCCUUCUCUGCAGGGUAAGAAAUCCAGAUGACUCAUGCAAGUAAGCCAUACCGCAUGGAAAGCUUAAACUAAUAAUACUAACAAUUUAUACAGCGCACAUGGAGUGACAUGCAACAUUAUGUGAGGUGAUUUUCACUUCCUCCCCUUCCCCCUGCAGUCCGUUCCACUUACAGAUGGCCACAGUUGGCUGUCACCCUUAGUGUUCGAAGCAUUUCACAUGUAUAUCAAUAUGCAUUCAUCAGUCAUUUUAUUUGUAUGCUACCUUUCCAUAUAGCAGCCCUUUAAAAUAGGUUAGUGUCAGCUGCCUGUUGCAGAUGAGGACUUGAGGCGAUAAAGAAUAGUAGUUUGCUCAAGUCUAUCUAGUGAGUUUGUGCCUAAGGUGAGUUUUGAACCAGGGACUUCCUGGCUCGUACUACUAGGAACUGUACUACUACCAGAUUUCUCUAUAAAAAUGAAAAGUGCCUCAUAGUUUUCUAAACUUCUAAGUGGAAUAUGAAUUUGAUCUUAAGCAUAAAACUAGUCUGUUUACUGAAGUUUCAUAGUUUAGUUUUGUACAGGAAAUUUUGCAGCUAAAAUAAGUAAUAGUGUAUGAUUAUGAUGUGUUCUGGGAACAGAUUAUUGGUCAUAAUGUGUCCAAGCUUUUUGUACUGAUUUAUGUUAAACCAAGAAUGGGAAAACGGACCAAAAUUGUUAAAAUACUCAUGCAGCCAAUUAUUUUGGCAGACAUUUGAACCCUUUCAUGCUUAAAAUUGCUUUAGAAGUAUUACUUUGCACUCUUAUUUCUGUUUCUUUCUUUCUUUCUUUUUAAUAGCCUUAGCAUACUUUUUAAUAGUACUCCACUGGCUGUUGAAGGAGCACCUUAUGUCCUUAAACCAGGCAUAGGCAAACUUGGCCAUCCAGAUGUUUUGGGACUACAACUCCCAUCAUCCCUAGCUAACAGGACCAGUGGUCAGGGAUGAUGGGAGUUGUAGUCCCAAAACAUCUGGGGGGCUGAGUUUGCCUAUGUCUGCCUUAAACCUUCCAGCUUUCUAGAAUUAUCAAAGUCAUGCUUUCCUUAUUUGUAAACCUAGCUGAACUCACUGAGACUUCAUUUUGAGUAAAUAUUCAUAGCAUUGGGCUGUAUGACAGCUAACUGUACUUGAGAAGGGCAUAACUAGAACCCUGGAAUAAACUAGAAAGUUACUUCAAUGUGACACCCUUUAAAUUCUAACAGAUGUAUUAUGGUGUAAGCUUAAGUGGACUAUAUUUCAGUUGAGAUAUAUGAACAUUUCAUGAAGUGGGCUCUAGUUCUUAUGUAACAAUAUAUUUGUUAGUCUUGAAGGAGCCACAGCAAGACUCUUUGUUCUACAGGCUACCCCUCUGGAAUAAGUAAAUACUUGGAACUUUAAACUAGGGCAGUUGCUUUCAGAAUCCAAACUUCCAAUCUCUGGCUUUGUGAUGCAUCUGGAAGCUAGAGGUAUGCUGUGGUACAAGGAAAAAAAUUAGAAGCGAACAGUUAAGAUAGCAACAGCAUUGUGACCUCAAAGAAUUCAGUCUAAAAUAAUCAAGCAGAAGCUCAAACUAAAAGUUCUCAUUCGUUUUUGGGAUGUAGCUCAGAUAAUUGUAGAGUGGCAGGUGGAUUAUUUGAACAAUAAUAUUACUAAAAUAUUUCACAAAUUAUUGGUUGGAUUUGAUUUAGCUGCUGAAAUUGCGGAGAAUGGUUUGGUUUUCUGUAGCCAUGCAAGUGUUCUGUGAGAAGGUCUGCUGUCUUUGUCACAUAUUAGGACAUUUAAAAAAUAUUGUGGAUUUUAGGUACAGUCUCUUCAAGAGAGAGACUACUAAUUCCUCAUAUCCAUAGUUAUAUGGAGUACCAAGCUAUAGUUUUCAGGAUGGUCAUAUGUCUGCACUUUGCAUUGUACGCUACUUUGAUGGUCUAGUUCAUGAGGUUAAUUCCUCUACCUGAGUCUGUUUCAGGGUGGAUGCCUUCUUGGGAUGAAACAUUCUGACUUAAAAUUGCCAGGGUUUGAGCUCUUCACUUUUCUUAUUUUAGGGACUAUAAAGACUUAACCUCCAUUCUGGAAAAGCUUAAAUGGGUAACUACUAUGUAGUAGGACUGGGAAUUGGCCUUUUCCUGCAGAGAUUGACAAUUCAUAAAAUGUCCCAUUCUUUUUCAUGGAAAGGUAUCUACCCUGUGGAAGGAGAGAAGAAUUGCAGUAAUGUGAGAACGGUAUUCUUUGGGGGGGAAAGCCAGGCUAGAAACCUAAACAUUUUGGAAAUGUUGAAACCGGGGUGGAUGAUCUUUUUCUGCAGCCCCCUUUCUCAUGGAAAAAACCAGAAAGGAUGGGAAAACUGAAAUUACCAUAUAUACAAUAUUUAUUUUCAAUACUUUAUUAUUAAGCUUGUGGAAAGCAUUAUGUGUAACUUGGCAUAUAAAAUUAUUGAGUUUUCUACAAUUCUUAAAUUUUAAGGUACAAAUCUCUUAUAAGCCCAGUCUUAGAGAUGGAGCAGCAGGCUGCUGCACUCUAAAGAUAUCAGGCAUACCUUGGGUUUUACUCAAAGUAGUCCCAUUGAAAUAUAUGGACCUAACUUAGUCAUGUUUCAUUAAUUUCAGUGGGUCUACUCUGUUGUUUUGCCCACAGUUGAGAAAAUGGAGGGAAGGAGGAGGAAAGGUAAAAGCAGUAGUCAUCAAUCUUAUAGUAGAUAAAAUGAAGUUUUAAUUAUUUCGGUUCAGAAACUGUCUCUUCAACCUGCAAUAUUCAGAAAUGGAAGAAAUGAGUUACAAUCCCCCCCUCUUUUAAACUUCUUCCUACUCUUGUAAAAAGAAGUGUCUCUUUGUUUAACAGAAUUGCAUUUGAGCUUUACAUGUUUACAGUACAGGCAUCCUCAUGGCUUGCAAGGAGACCCUCCCCAGAGCCCAAAGAGGAUGUCUGUAAGGGCAGAGGAAGCUUUGUUUAGGCUGCUCAGCCUCCCUGCCAAACAGCUGCUGUGUGGGGUAGUGCAGCAGCAGCAGCUGCUUUCCUGCACAUCCUUCUGCCGACCCCAGAGCUUCAAUUUUAGUUGUGGAUAUUUUUGGAUACAGUAUUUUUGGUAUGGAUUGAAGUGAGAGAGGCAGAGAGGGCGUUUAGUGGGCAUUUAGUAGGUGUUCCCCACUUAGCUCUAUUUCACUUAUGCACACAGGGCCAUAAGGUAGCCCCCACAUAAGUGGGGAGUUGCCUGUAUAACCCUUAAUGAUUUUGCCCCUUGGGUGCCUCACCGUCACUAGAUAGCCUUGUGGGCUAGGGACCAGUCCCUAUCCUCAGUGCUGCCCUUAAGCGGGCUCCAACCUGCAGGCUCCAGCCUGCCAAAGUUUAGUUCAAAUCUAUACUGAAAAUAGGAGAAGAAAAUACUGCCCAUUUUCUUGUUAAGAAGAAAAACCUCUCCUCUCCCUUAACUGUUUUAUUUUACAACAAAUUUCUUUCAGCUGAUAACUAUGCUUAAAAUCUUGUGAUUGCUAUUAAACUCCUCCCAGCAGAUUUGGGUUUCCUCUCUUGCUUUUUUUUAGCUGACACUACUGUAAGUCUUUCAGAAUGUCUAUUCAUACUGUGCUCUGAUCGGCAGUCGUAAGAUACAGUGUUCAUGCAUAAUGAAAUUAAUUCCUAUUUAUCUUUGAUAAAUGAUAUGGCAGUAAAUGUAGAAAGAGCCAAGGAUGGAAAACAUCUCACAUUCUUAGGCACCAGCAUCAAAUUUAUUGGUGUCCAGUCAAGACAUUUUCCCCACCCCUGUGAAGUAUGAGUACAGGUAUAAUUUCUAUCCUGUCUUUUAUUUUAUUUUUAUUUUACAGUUUUUGAAUUAAUUGCUGUUUUGAACAAUACAAUUAAAGUAACAUACUAACAAAAUAAAAAGAGUCAAAUUAGGAAAGAAGGUCAUGGAUUAUUUUGACCAUAAAUUGUUAAUACAAAUAUACUGGACUGCUGAGUAUGAUGCAUGCCUAAAAAAAAAAAAAAUGACCAAAAUGUUCUCUCAUUUAUUUUCUGUGUUCUCACGUUGGUACCUUAUCAGCUCAAAUAAGGAUAGGGAGUACAAGUUGUUAAAUCUAUUGUUGUGUUAAAGGUGAUGACUUCUUCCAGUGUUCAAGCACAUUGAGUUUGGCGGGAUCUUACUUUCAAUAUUUUUUUUAAAAAAAACAGCUUUCUUAUUUGUUUUUGAAAAGCUGUAUCUGUAAAGAUAAUUUUGUUCACAGUGUUGAAAAUUUCUAGCAUUUGACUUCUCAUGAAAUCAUGCUUUGCCACUGAUUUCAAAUAAUGGAAUAAUAAUAAAUUAUAAUAAAUUUCUAUAUUACAGUACGUUGAAUGUUGAAACAAUAUGCUGGUGUUAUGUGUGUUCUUAGCUUCUUAAGCGUAUUUGCAUCAUGUGCUUUGUUUUAGGAUGUAGAUGGAGAAGACAGAUUUGCGGAGCUAGACCUCAGGACCGAUUCAGACAUUCCUGAAGUUGUUCCACCAACAGACCGCACUCCAGAAAUUUUUAAGAAAGCUCUUUCUGGCUUGUCUUCCAGGUAUGGAAAAAUAAAACUGAAAAUAUUGCUGUAAAAUAAAUUAAGCAGAUUGUAUGCAAACUAAAGCUUUGUUCUUGGAAUUAGUUGCUUGGAGAUGCAUUCAGGGAGCCAUUUGAAUAGAAACAAUUAUUCUAAAAAAUGGUCUAUUGUUUUUAUCUCAUUAUCUCUUCCUAGUGUUAUGAGUUUAUAGGUGCUAGACUUUUUGAACCUCAUUGAACCUAGUGGGACUUAUUUCUAAUUAAAAAGAUCACAUUGUCAGUGGUGUUCUGACCUGGACAUUGAAUUUGGUUUCAAACAUGAAAAAGUUACAUUAGACUCAUCAGUAUUCUUUUGUUGAGUUGCUGAGUGUUAAUGUAGCUUAAUACUUAAUUUUGUUUCUCUUGUUAUGAGGUGGCAGGUAGUUGUAACAUUAUGGAUUUUUUUUCUUUUGCAGAUGGAAGAAUUGGUGGAUUCGUGGGAUUUUAACUUUAGCUAUGAUUGCAGUUUUUUCGCUAAUUAUUUACAUGGGAUCAUUUAUGCUGAUGCUGCUUGUAAGUUUCCUGAACUGUUAAAAUUUAUUUGCUUUGUUUUAGCAUAAAUGAAAACCAAUUUGUUAAUCACUUCAGCCUGCCUUUUCUCAAUUUGUCCGUUGUGAAACCAGUCUAAUUGAGUAGCAUAGCCAUAUAGACUGAAAGUCUCCUUUGCUUUUAUAAUCCAGCACUACUUGAGGUUUCAAUUAAGAUAUAGAAGCUAGAAACUUGUAGUUGAAAUCUGAAAUGCCAAGUGAAUUCCUGUCUCUCUCUGUUCGUCCCCAUUUGGAGCAAUAUUGAACACAGGCCUUUGUACACAACGUAAUGUGCGUUGAGAGUUUCCCUUGAUGUUGUAUGAACCAGGAAGCCUGUGCACUGAAUUUCUGGAGUGCCUAUGAGCCUGCUAAAGGCAUCUGUGAAAUGAGCUAUGCCAUAUCAAAAUACUAUGACUCACCUAAGAUUAGCUUCCAGUUCCAAUUAUCUAGGAACACCAGCAUAUGAAUAUGAUGCAUUUCUAUCCUGUAUUAAAAUUUGGAAUCACAUUCACCUUUUACCUUAAUUUCAGGUCAUGAGCAUACAAGUAAAGUGUUUCCAUGAAAUCAUCACUAUAGGUUACAGAGUCUAUCGUUCUUAUGAGUUGCCGUGGUUUCGAACACUGAGCUGGUAAGUAAUUUCGGUUCUAGCUGUUUCCAGCCUUUCCCCAUUACAUCCAUAGGGAUGACUUUUAGUGGAAGCACAGGCUGAGGAUUUACUGACUGCUUCUAACUGCUGGCUUUGUGGUGCUUCACUUCUGUAUUUGAAUUAAAAUAAGUGAGACAUCAAAUGCUUCAAUAAUGGACACAGUUAAAAGAAAUGUAACAAUUUAAAACAAUUACUUUUUUGGUAUCCCCUGCAAAAUACCCCUCCAAAUCAUGUUGUAUCUGCUUGCUUCGACGAGCCUCCAUUGGAAGACUCCUAAGUAUGCAAAAUGUUAGAGUUUUCUUACUUUGAUAUUUUCAUCUUUAAAGAUAUAGAACGGUAUGAAGAGAGAAAAAAGGGGGCUCCGUUCUUAGAAAGUAUCUAAAGUUGCUUUAUAUGUUGCAGGUAUUUCUUGCUGUGUGUGAACUACUUCUUUUAUGGAGAGACUGUAGCAGAUUACUUUGCCACAUUUGUUCAAAGAAGAGAGCAACUUCAGUUCCUAAUUCGCUAUCACCGGUUUAUAUCUUUUACACUUUAUCUGGCAGGUAACUUGGUCCAACUUGUUACUUGCCAUUGCAGUUAUUUACUACUUGAUGUCAGAUUCCAGUGUUCUCCCUUUCUGUGCUAAUAGACAAAAAGAGAGCGUUCACAGAAAUUACAGAAUUAACUGUAUGCAACCUUUGAAAACCACACUCAUGGGUUGCAGUAAACACUGAAUAACUUGAUAAAGGCAUUUUGGCAGUCAUCUCCCAUGUCAUAGCUCCAGAAUUAUUUUUAAUGAAUAGCUUCAGUGUUGGAUAAGUUUGGGCAUUCUUGCAUAGAAUCUGGAAUGGCCUGAUCUUGAUCUGAUCCUGCAAGGCACUUAACGUUGUUAAGCAAGAAUGCAUAAUUAGUAUCACUUAACAGCUAAUUGUAUUGCAACUCUUAAGCAAUCCAAAGUGUGUAUUCUUGCUUUGAAAAUAUAAUAUGCGUUGGUGGGCCAUGAAAAUUCUAGGUCAAGACUUUCCAACAUGCUUUCCAGGUGCUGCAGACUACAGCUCCAACAGUCCCAGUCAUGUGGCCCUUGUAUAGGAAGCUGUGGGCUGUUUCUGUUUUUUAUUGGUAGAUUAUACAAUACCGAGGUUGGGCCAUACUUUGUGUAAACCAAAUAACACUUCCAGAAGAUCCUCUAGAUGUUGCCAUUCAGGGAAAGGAUUUUCACAGCUGUGAAACAAUUACUGAGGCUGCACUUUUGUGCCCUCUUUCUUUUAAAACCUACAUGUAGAUGAGAUUAUCAAGGGAGUGGUGCUCCUUAAUCUAAUAAUUUGUUGCAAAACACAAGGGAGGGCAUAUAAUGAUUAUCUCAUUGGUAUUGCAUUUUUAAUAAAGGCAGGCACCAGACUGAGUACAUGUGACAUGCCCAAAUUUUGAAAUUUGUGCUUAGAAGUUACCAGCCAUCUUUUUCGCUUUUGUAAAAUAACCUUGCAUCAGUGUUCCUUGAAAGCUAUUGAGUAUGAAAAAUGCUCUGUUGGAUGCAGACCUUAUUAUAUACAAAAAUAACUCGGGGCAGGGUAGAUUUUAGUUAUGGUUCACAUUUUAAUGUGAACUUUCUUAAUUGGUACGUCCCAAAACAGUAUAAAAAGCAAAACACAGCUAUUGUUCAAAACUCACAGUUCUCUGAAUUUUGUCCUGCGGUUCUCCAAACAAAAAAAAGUACACCAAAUAUGCUAUUAGAGAAAUGUGUGCAUAAAAAUGGAUAUAUUAGUGAAAUAACAUACAAGAGCACAUUAUAUUAGGGGAAAUAAAGAUUUAUUUAAAAAAUUACAAAUUGAUGCAGAGAUAUGGCAAACUGAAUUUAAGAUUUGAAAAAUAAGAAACUGAAAUUGGCCCGUCCUUAGUAAGAAACCUCACACCCUGCUUGUGUGCAGGAAGUCAGAUUUGUAAUGAUGCAUAAUACAUACACGUUCUCGGGGUAGUACUCACAAUUAUUGGAGCAUGUUCCUAUGAGAACCCUGCCAGGCUUCCUCUAUACACUGCUUUUUAAGAGAGCAUUGAAGGUACUCCUAUCCAUUAGGCAUUUGGCAGUUGGAAUAUUCAGCUCCUAGGGUGAUUUUUCAGGCUUUUAGCUGUUCAUAUUGUCUUUGUUGGGAGGUUCAUGUUGAGUUUUAAGUGCCUUGGGGCUUCUGUUGAAAGGCAAUCUAUAAAUCUUAGGGUUGUUUUUUUUCCAAAUCAGUCAUUAAAGACUCAUCUGCAAUUAUAAUUUUAAAUAUUUGGCCUCUGAGUACAAAAACUAUGCUUACGGUUGAAAUGAACAGUGGGAGCUUUGGAAACUGAGUCCUCGCCAUCAGUUUCCUUACAAUACAGUGGUACGUCUAGUUGCGUCCUGCUCUCGUUACGGACUUUCAGCUUACGAACGCAGGAAACCUGGAAGUGUUUACUUCCGGGUUCACCACGCAUGCAUGCGCAGAAGCAAUCUGCACGCUUCGCACAUGCGCAGAAGCGCUCGAUCACGCCUCACACAUGCGUGGAAGAGGCGCUCUAGUUGCGGACUUUUCAGGGUGCGAACGGCACCCCGAAAUGGAUUAUGUCCGCAACUAGAGGUACCACUGUACCUGUAUAUAAGAAUCUGGACAAUCUUGUUCAGUGUACUGCUUAAAUUGGCCCUAUAAUCAGGAGGUACAAUGGAAACAAUUUUAAUCUCUAAAGAAAACAGUAGUAUUUACAGUUAUAGCAUCGAGGUUAAGACUGAUACAAUUGAAAACCAAAGUGGAGGGGGCAAGCCCUACAAUGCUAGCUUCUGUUUACUGAAAGGCUGGAAAACAUGCACAUGCUUUCUGUUUUUUUGCAUAGGUUUCUGUUUGUUUGUAUUGAGCUUGGUGAAGAGGCACUAUCGCCUGCAAUUUUACAUGGUGCGUAUCAAUCCUUUAGCUGCUAAAUUUGUUGUCAAAAUAAUUAGCAAUAUUAAAUGACUUGCUUUUGAAGUUUAAUGUCCAAAAUAGAUUUUAAAGCCUUAUGAGUACAAGUUAUUAACUUGCACUGUUGAUACAAAUCUGGAUUUGAGAUAUGGAAGUGAUACCUUUGUCAAUGACUGUGUUGACAUGUUUAGGCUAAAUCACAGUUUCGUGUGAUAUGCAUAGGCCAGAAUGUGCCCAAUGCAGCUUUGGGCUCUCACUCUUCUCCUUUCCCCUUCCCAUUUCUCACCCCACAUGACUGGGAGGAGGAGUUUGAAAGAUUUCACUUCCAGAACAACAAGCUGGUUGACAUAACCUGUGGUUAACUGAAAGCAAACUAGCUUCUGAAAUGAUGGUUUGAAGUAACCAUAGUUAUAUAUUAACCAUGUUCUGGCUCCAGACGACAUAGCUAGCUGUGGUUAACCAAAAGCAGCAGUAGAAGUUUGUGAAUUCCCUCUUCCCAGUUGUGUGGGAAUAGGACAGGGUGCAUACACAAGUUUUUGUUUUGCUUAGGCUCAUUUCAGAUUGUGCACAUGGCCUAGUGGGGUUGAAACCAGCUCAACAUGUAAUAAUUAUGGGUUCUUUGUUGAAGACUGUUGCUAUAAGGCUUAAUUCAAUCUGCCAAUCUAGACUGACACCACUUUGGAAAAAGUGAAUUUGUUAUUUUCUGUACCAAUCAGCCAGCAAAGCUGUUGGGGUAUUCAAAAUCUUCAGCAUGAAUAUAAAGAAAAUUGUUUGAAAUUUAAAUGCACAUUAAACCUUUAACAUUUAUGUUCUCACCUCUGCCUAAGUUAACAGUAAGAAACCAAGAAUUAUUUUAAAAUUAUUGACUUACCUCAAGGCUGUCAGUAUUUUGCAUUUUUCUGUGGCUGCACUUUAAUCCAACAUGUGUUUUUGAAUGCCUUUAGUACUGCUUUGUGGAAUGGUUGCAGAUGUGCUUGCAGUUGUCCUGAGUGAUAAAAACACAAAAAUGUAGAUUUACAAAAGUGCGCACUAGUACUUUGUGCAUUCUCAAAUAUGUACAGUACAAAUGUGUAUACAGCUAAACCAACUCUUCAUCACAGAUCAGAACAAGAGACUUUAGAAGUUUGGAAAUGUAUAGCAUCCAUGCUGAAUGUAAAUGUAAAUUGAGAGUAUCUACUUAGCACACACAAAAAGCACACAUCGUAGUACACAUAUGCAAGUGUCAGAAUAGUCAUAUGGAGAAUAUUAAUCAGUGGGAUUCAUAUUUGAACCAGACAUUAACGUCUAGUCCCUCGUAGUCUACCAAUUAUUAGCUACAUUUGAAAUGGUAAUUUAAUUGUAUGAAACCUCUCCAGAGUUGCCACAUGACAAAUCACAAUUUGUUUGUAAGAAGGGAUUCUUCUUCUUUAGUACGUCUGCAGGUAGUGUAGUUUUGAUCCUUUGUUCAUCAAUAACUUGUAGGAACUAACUUCUGUCUGGACAAUUUUUCAUCAUUAUAUUGCAUGCCAUCACCAUAACUUUGCCACUAACAUCUUUAAUGUUCUAAUUCUAAAUUGUCUUAUAUGUAUAUGCAGACUAUCCUAUUACUUUCCACCUUCGUUUUUCCUCAUUCCCAUUAAGAUACAUGGUUAAAAGUAUUUUAACUCCCAAAUGGAAAAAUUAUAGGAGUUUUAAUAGAAAUCUCUUUCUAUGUCUUGUCUUCAAAAUUAAUACAAUUAGAUUGUGAUACUGUUUGUGUACACCUCUAAUUUCUUAGAAUGUCUGUGCAAUUCCUUCAGCUAAACUACCAUUUUUAUUUAGAUGUAUUGAUCUGUUGUAGUGUCACUAACUGUUGUGUUAUUGCACUGUUAACAGUUCGCAUGGACUCAUGUCACUUUGCUGAUCAUUGUAACACAAUCCCAUCUUGUCAUCCAAAAUCUGUUUGAAGGCAUGAUCUGGUAAGGGGACAGUAAUUCUUGCAAAUCUAUACAUAUGUCUCAAUUGUUUAAAUAGUAUGUUUCUAGAGUCUGGUAAUUGUUUUCUCUUUCACAAGUUUGUCUGCAGAUAUUCCAUGAGGCCUUGGCUAGGCCUUAAAAUAUCUGGAAUAAACAAUAAAAUAAGCAUGGUUAAAAUUCAAUUCAAAAUUGAAACCUUCACCCUCCGAGUAGUCUUAAUAUAUUGGUCAACACCACUGUAAUCUAAUUUUCAACUAGCAUUAAGGGCUGCUGAAUGUAGGUCAUAGAAAAUAAGUGCCAGUUCUAAAUACAUUGUCUUGGAGGUCUUGUGGAUAACUGCAAAACUUUCUUCCAGAACCUUUAGGAUUAUGAUGAAAGGCCAGAAUUAACUAUAAGGAAUAUGGAUGAGUAUACCUCAAGAAGUCAUACAAAUGUCUCAGUAAAUUUGAUUAGCUUUAUGCUUAAAUCCUGAGUAAAUUGCAUUGCUGGUGAGGAGUGAGAUUGCCCUGUGUUCAGGAAAAGCUUCCCUCUUCCUUACAAAUGGGCAAGGACCACGAUCCAAAAGAUUGUGACACUAGUUCUGUGAACGAAAGGGGACUUCUGGUUGUUCAAGGGGACUUCUGGUUGUUCAACAGCAACCCUCCAAGCUCUGUGGCAAACUGCUUUUGAAACUGAGGGAAUUUGUGAUAUGGAAUGAGUGUCAGCAGUUUAAAGAAUGAUGUUCAAUGAUUCUACCGGUUAGCACAAGCCUUUGAAUGAAUUCAGGCAGUUAGUUGAUUCCCACUCUGUUUUCCUGUUUUCUAUCAGUUGCCAAUGACUGAAGUGGAAAGCGGGUCUCUUAUUGCAAGAAGAGACCCAAACAUAAAUUAUGAAUCUAAUUAUUUGUGGUGAGGGGUGUUGCUGAUGCAUAGCCUGGAUUUAUUUUAAUUUACAGGAAGUGUUUUUCUCUUUAAGCAUGUGCUCUGUAUCCAUCUCUUUUCCAGACAUAUUUUUUCUGAUUCAUUUCAUAACUUUCAAAGUGUUUGGCAUAUAUUUACAGUGUACAGAAUUUCCUCAUAUUGUAGAGCCAUCUCAAAGUGAUCAUUCUGUAAACAUUUGCAUUUAAAUUAUUAUUAUUAUUAUUAUUAUUAUUAUUAUUAUUAUUAUUAAAAAAGUAUACUGUUGCAGUCCUAUGAAUUUGCCCAUGCAAGUUGACCAGGAUUUUUUUUCAAAGUUACUGUUCAUAAUAAUACGUCUGGGUUGACUCUAAACUAUAAAACUUUUUUCUUUUUACUGCUCAGGUUUCUUGUUCCUAUCUCAAGUGUUGUUUGCAAUGAUAUUGCUGCUUAUAUCUUUGGAUUCUUCUUUGGGAGAACUCCAUUAAUUAAGGUACAAAAUUUGGUUCAGUAAAUAAUCAAAUAACUUUUUAUAGGUUUGGCUCAUGUUUGGCUUCUAUUUACUCUGUGGAAGUUUAACACUUUUGUUAUAUUCCUUGCUAUUUUCUAUACUUGAAUGUUUCGUUAACUUGUCAGAGGAAAAAAUUAGGACUAUGGAUGGGUCUACAGUGUUGGCUUUUGUUGGUGAUCAGAGUGCAUUAGUUGUAUUUCUGGCACUCUUAACCUCAGGUUUUGACUUCUGGUAAAACAUGAUCCUAGUCCCCAGUAGCAUUAGCAUUGUCAUAGACACAUUUAAUCUGGAUUAGUAAUUUACAGGCUUCUCUUUGAAUGUGUCUUUGAAGUCACUGCUGCCCUCAGACACAAUCCCACUACCUUAUUUGAAAAAUAAUUGAAAACGGAGGUGUACUUUUGUAAACGGUGAGCAUUCUUACCUGUUGUACGCAUAUCUACACAUACUACUCUAGAAGUAGUACAGCACUUGAAAGAUGGCUGGAACAUUAACUGAUUAUACUAGAUCUAAACAGCAUAUAAAUUCUGCUUAUGUUAUGUGUGUGUUUUGCUUGGACAGAAAUGCAAAAAAUGUUGUAACUUCUUCAUUUCUCUCUCUGAUUAGCUGUCUCCCAAAAAGACCUGGGAAGGCUUCAUUGGCGGUUUCUUUAGCACAGUUGUGUUUGGAUUCCUUGUAAGUGGAUGUGCCCUUCUCAUACUAAUGUAUUGUUCAUUGCAUUUGAAGCUGGCGUGAAAUGCUCUGAAAUGUGGCCCGUCUGUUGAAGCUUUCAAGCGUCAGGCUCUUGACAAGUUAAGGCUUGGAAUACUACUUUGUGUCUAGAAGUUGUGGGUGGCAGGCUGACUUGCGAUUGUAAUCAAAAUUACAGACAGCUUUCUUUGCUGCAGCAGAAGAGAGCUGGUUGAGUGACAGCAUGGCAUGUGACUAUACCACCUUCCCUAGCCACCAGGGUAGACAUAUCCUCAUUUGGUCCCUGUAUAGACCACCCUUCAGUAUAAGAAUUGUUGGGUGGUAUAUGAGGACAGUAGUUCUAAAAUCACAGAGCAGUAACUCAUAAGUCAGCAAAGUCCAGCAUUUCACAAUAAAGCAUCUGUAUGCAAAACAUUGCUAAAUUGUAUGCAUUUUACAAUACAGGGUAUUAUGCUUAUCGGUCAUAAUGGUCCUCAAAAUUAUUCACCCUAUUAAAACGUGAUUUACAGGCUGCUGGUGCUGCCUUUGCAGCAACAGAUCUUCAAUACCAGGAUUCUAAUUGGUUUCUACAAGUAUUAUGAGGUGCCACACUCUCAUGUUUUAAAGACAGUAGCAACAAAGUGUGAUGCUGGAGAGACCACCUGUCCCCCAGAGUCUUCUCCCCCGUUGAGUAGCUGUUCCUGCUGCUGCUGGGGAUGUGGAAACUGGUUUGGUGUGGAGUAAAAUUCUUUUACUCCUCCUUGGAAGAAGGAACAGCCUUGGAAAAGGGGGUGGUUUUGCCUGGUUGCAUAAAUUGGAGCAAUACCCAUCUGGAUGUGAAACCUUGAAAGAGCGACUGCUGCUGGAUUUGCCUUCUGUCCUAACAGCAGACAGGACUUUCUUAUCCUUUGUCUUGACUAGGGCAGAAUGCACUUUUAAGAUAAUCAUUUACCGGGCACUGAAAAGACAUCAUGUUUGGCACCAGAUAAACUUUUCCGGGGAGGUCAUCCCACAUAAAGGAUGCCACAGGUGAGAAAACCCUGUAUUCAGUCACCAGCUGCCUGACUUCAGACGGUGGGUAGGGCCUCAGGAGAAGAAUGGAGAUCUACACAUCACCUGGAGUGGCAUGGGAACAACCAUUCCAACAGUGGCCUCAUUUCUGCAGAAAACAUUUCAAACGUGCAUUAGGUACACAAUGGGAGGAGUGAACCAUUUUUUCUUGGUGGAGGUAGAUAUCCUUUUCUGGGAUUGUUCUUCCCAUUCAUUCCAGAAGGUAGGACUUGUUCAUAUCAGGCUGUUGCUCUGCUCUGCUUGGGAGGAAGCUCCCUUCCCUUUUUUUUUUUCCAGACUGGAGAUGAGCUUGGGCAGAACUCCUUUCCUUUGGUUUUCUUUUCUGUGUCUUACUAGUUCUUCCCCUCAGUUUUGAAGCUGUCCAAAGUGGGAGGGGGGCCUCUCUCCCAUUCAGAGCAUAGCAAAAGCUUGAUUUGCCUAAACCAGCGGUUCUCAACCUGUGGGUCCCCAGAUGUUGUUGGACUACAACUCCCAUCAUCCCUGAGCUCUGGUCUUGCUAGCUAGGGGUGAUGGGAGUUGUAGUUCAACAGCAUUUGGGGAGAAAGGCUGGGACCUAAACCUUGCCUUUUGGAUUGAAUGGGAGAAGCAACCCAGAGGGAGGCUAUCGUCCUACAAUGAGCCCACCACAGGUAAGACCAGUGCUCCUUUUUCUUGUAUUAAAGAAGUCCAAGAUGCCCUCAACUUGUCACAAAGAUCUUAUGGAUGCCUACUGUGCUUUUCAGGUUGCCACCCUUCUGGCUCAAUAUCAGUAUUUUGUAUGCCCCGUGGAAUACAACAGUGAAACCAACAGAUUUGUCACAGAGUGUGAACCGUCAGAACUAUUCCAGUUCCAAAAGUACUCCAUACCACCUUUGCUUCAGGUUGUGCUGGGAAGGGUAAGUAAAGCAAAAUCUUUAAGACAAAGCUGAAUCUUUCAAAGUUGGCAUUCUGAAUGAAAUGCUUUUUUAAAAGCCCAAUUCUCUCUCCCUUCUUCCUUUUGAGUAAGUUAAAUAGCAACUGCGUGAGGAGGAGGGAACAAAUAUCCUUGAGUUGCCUGAAGUGACUCCUGCUUUGUGCUGCUGCUGUGUAGAAAUAGGCAGGCCAGGCCAAUCCACCUGCCUUCUUCUAAUCAUUCAUUGUCUUCCAGAAGGAAAUGGCACCAUGUGGUUUGCUCUAUACCCACUUUGUGCCUCUCUGCAGAAGAUGGCAGCCAGGGAAAACUCCCCCAUGUAUCUAGACCUAAGGCUGUUUCCCCAACAACCUUUUUCUGAUGUCCCUUGCCGGGCCAUAACUAGGGAAGAGGGACAGGGAGAAAUUAAUUUUAAGAAAAGAAGAAAAUGAGAGGGAGGCUUUAAUUAAAGUGUACAGACCUCUCUGGAACUUUGCUUGAACCCUGACCUCACGCUGGUUUGAGAAGGCUGGAUACUCUUCUUUCACUGAUGAGGUCAAGAUGAAGAAGAGGUAAAGCUGGUCUGGUUUCUUGAGUAAGGUGCCCAUCCUUUUAAGCAUUUAAUGCUCCAGGUUGUCCUUAAGGGGGGGCUGUGGAUAUGGAGAAAACUUAAGUUUCUUAUAAGGAAAAUAAGGAAAAUUAAUGACCAUAAUUUCUUGUAGGAAACAGUGAAUUUGUGCCCGUUCCAGAUGCACAGCAUUGCUUUGUCAACAUUUGCAUCCUUAAUUGGACCAUUCGGAGGCUUCUUUGCAAGUGGAUUCAAAAGGGCUUUCAAAAUCAAGGUGUGUAUGAAUCUGGACAUAUGAAUCUUCCCUGUACCGAGACUUCUGUGUCGCUUUUGUAAGUACAUGUAGAAAUAGAAAUCUGCUGCCCCAGUUACCUAGGGGUACCUUUUUAAAUUGAAAACAUGUUAUGGAUUAAUUGACUAAAUAUUGCAUCUGUAACUUAAAUAUAAUUGAUAAAUUGAUUUAAAAGCAGUUUAGAAAUGUUACAUUAAAUAUAUAAUUAGUAUUAAUUAGGACAGCUAUCUUCAAACAAUAAAUUGAGUUUCCUUUUUUCUAAAGGAUUUUGCUGACACCAUUCCUGGCCAUGGCGGAAUAAUGGAUCGUUGUGACUGUCAGUAUCUGAUGUCUACAUUUGUUCAUGUCUAUAUCACCAGUUUCAUAAGGUAUGUUCUCUAUUAAUAAUUCAUUGCAGAGAAUUGACAUGAAGUCGUUACAUGAGUCUUCAUUUCAGAUACUACUGUAACCUGCUCUAUGUGUUACUGCCUUUGAAAAGUGCUCAGUCAUUUACACUGGCUCAUAACAGAAGAGAACUCAUUGUCGGGGCUAAGGAAAUGGCUCCAAAUGGAAGUAAUGGAUGUAGGUAGCAAUGUGAAUGGUUGCUUUAACUUAAUAGAAGCUUACAUUAGAUGCAUGUCAGGACAGAAUUGCUGGUUGCUUGUCCCAGUACUCUACAUCGUUCUAUGUGUAAAACUUCUCAGAAAGUGCCAGUGGUGAUUGGUAUCUUCCUUGUUAUCUGACAUUACUGUUCUGAGUUGCUGGAGACUCAGAUGCAAAGGUAUAGGUCCAUUAAUGGGCUUAUGCAAGGGGAAAAUAAUAGGGCCCCAAUUCUGUAGUGGUGCAGGGAGCAGCAUUUCAUAUUUCCUCACAUGCAGAACUAUUUUUUUUAAAAAACAACAACCAUUUUUAUUGGUUUUUAAACAAAAACCAGUACAAAAAACCAUUAAAUACUUAUCCUGCUGUACUGCAGAACCAGUUUUUGUGACUGGUAUGUUAUACACCUAAUUUUGUUCUGACAUUCUUAAAUUUCCCUCCCUAUAGCAAUUAGUGCUUGGGUGGAUGUUCAUAAUGAGGAAAUGUGUCUCUCAGUAGAUCUAGUUAUUCAUGUUGAAUUUCUGUGACCUCAUUAAGGUGUUUGCAUAUGUUCUGGUUGGCAUGCUUUCGAUGCUGUACUGUCCCCAGUAGAGCGAAAAUUUCAUUUGGAUGAGCUCUUUAUAAGCAAACAUUUGAUCACAAGUGGCAUUGCAGAUUGAUACCUUGUCUCCUUCAAUUUAAUUGCCAGAGGCCCCAAUCCCAGCAAGCUCCUGCAACAGCUGUUGGUGCUUCAGCCAGAGCAGCAAUUAAAUGUCUACAAAACUCUGAAGACGCAUCUCAUUGAAAAGGGGAUUCUUCAGCCAUCGCUGAGAGGAUAGGCAGACCAAACUGUGGACUACAAAGAGAAGUGCAGCUGGAAAUGCAGGUUUUGCUUAUAUGAGCAUGACUUGUUGGACCGAAGUCAGACUGUGUGUCUGAAGAUAUGAAUGUUUGUUUACUAAGAUUACUGUGAAUAUCUAGGAGGCCAUGCAAGAUUUAAGUUCCUUCUAACUGCAUGUUUUUGCUGUCUAGUUUAGUUCCUUGGGUUGAUGAGACGAGCCUUCUCCCUUGGUUCCCAGCUACAGUUUUUUUAAAAAUAACUCUUUUUAAACAACGGUGGGCACACUCCUUCUGGAACAAGAAUUCAACGAAUGAUUGGGAGUAUGCAGUUCAUCAAAAUACAUUUUAGUGCAAUGAUAUUAAUGACUCCAGCUCAAUUAAUGACACUUUGCCGUGCUGCAUUUUAGCUGACAGUAUCACUAAACUUUGACCAAAUGGCAUCUGUUUUAUCCUGUUGCAUUACUUCCCCAAAAUAGGAAAGGGGCCUGUAAUGGAGAAACCCUUACAGGAAAAGCGUGCUUGUAAAUGGAUGCCUGAGGCUGGUUUUGCUUUUAGUUAAAAAGCCUAAGUAGCAGGUGAAAAAUAAAAAUAAAGGAAUGGCUUCUUGUAAAAGGGAAAUGUUCUUUGGGAGGCUGGGGCUCUUCCUCAUAGCAUCCUAAAGACCAGUUUAAAGCACAAAACGCCUACUUGAGUUGCAGGCCUCUUCUCUACCAGCAAACUCUGUCCAGGGCUUUGGGGUUGAAAUGACUGAUUAGUCUCUGGAAUGUGCUCAUUUGUGCCUCCAAUGUUUGGACGUGUUAAAUAGAAACUCCCCCUUCCUUUAUGGUAAGUGCAAUACAAGUGCUAACUCAGCAAUAUUUAGAUCACUUUCGUAACAAUGUUAGUUGGAGUCGUAUGCUGUGAGAUGAAUCUAGUGCUUCCACCGCUAACGGUGUCUCAAGGGCGUUUAGUCAGUAACAGAGUUGGAGAUUACUACUUCUUGCCCUGUGGGGAGGACCAGCACUUCUGUUGAUAGAUGUGCUCCAUAUGAUUUGCACUUUUGAGAUUCCUUACCGAAGUCUGCAUGAAAUGUGACAUUUCUAAUAUUCAAGGCAUGAGUAGCUUUUUAAAUGCUUCUGUGUGGUUUCUUUUUAUCAUGUGAUAAUAAAAAAUAUUUUUAAAGCAAAUGAAAGUAAUAAACCUAAAGCACACGAAUGCCAAAAACAUGGUAUGGUGAGGAGUGAUUAAAUAGGAUUUAAGGCAUUAGGAGUGUAAUCCUCAUGGAAGUUUCUUUCUACAGAAGUCUCACUGAAACAAAGGAUAUUUGCACAACAGCACAUCUCUUUCCAUUCAUUUCAGUGAGGCUUGUGCAACAGAACCUUCUGGAGGAUUCUACCCUAUGAACUUGGUGUGAGUGAGUUUUCUUCUGCUGUGAGCUUUCAAGGUUACAUAUUUCUUGCCCUGCUUGGUGCUGCUUGACUAAACUGUGUAGUGAAACUCAACACGUGUUAUUAACGUCUGACUUCUAGAAAAAUGAAAUCCGUUUACAUCAUUGUGCUACUUGAGUUCAUUGUGUGUUUUGGUUUAGGAUGGUAUAUAUCAAAUCAUUAUGACAGAGUGACUGAACAAGCUGGAAACCUUUGAUUCUAUCAAAAUCAAUGAAACAACAUCACCAGUAAUACCUAAAUAUUUACAGGCUUCUUCUAAAAUUACCUUGGUGGUGCAGGAGUAGCUAUGGUGUUUGUCCUUUCGAUGCUUCUCCUGUGAUAAUGUAAAUUGAAAAUAGCAUAGGAAAUGCUGGAACUGUGGGAAAAGUUGGCCCACUGGGAACUGGAGCAAUAACUAGUGUGAGAAGGAGCCGUAUUGUAGGUUCCUACCUCUUACUCUGGGGCAGACACACUAUGCACUAGCACCCAUGAUGCCGAGAUAACAUCAGAAGAGGUGCCUUGAAGCUGGAUUAGAUAUUUCUUUAAAAGAAACAAAACAAUGCAGUGACUUCUGUAUUUGCCAUAUCUUGAGAUCCUAAUGGAACUGAGUACUCUGAAGUACCUUGCAAAGAAAGUUUGGCAACUACCUUCCUCCUAACAAGCUGUUGCUCAUACAUUUGGCAUGAUGUCUGGACUCCUGAUCAUAUGGAGUGCCUACAUGUGUACAGCUCUGCCUAUAGGUAUCAUUUCAGACACUGGGGUGCACAGCAUUCACUGAACGCAUGUGGGUAAGGUUUAUUUGAAAAUAUAAUUACUUUCCACCAUCCAGAAUUUUUCCCCAUCCAGAAUUUAUUUGUGGAUCAAUAACUACUUUUAGAGAUCUCAGCUUUCAAACUAAUCACAACAAUGACCCCAUGGGGGUGAUGGUUAAGCUCUAAAAAGAGAACAAAAUGCAGCUUAAAGCUGAAGAAAUGGCCUAGACUUUCAAGUUAAGAAGCAUCACUAGGAAAAUUUGCACUGAAGUCAGUAGUCACUUGUAGGCCUUUGAAAUUUGAGACUUAAAUAUAUUUUUUCUUAGGAAAUUUUCUGCCUAAUUACUUAUUUCAUCCUGAAGGUGACUCAUAUAAAAAUGUAAAACUUAACUUUAAUGUAAAGGUGUAACUUUUGGGUUACUUUGGUGUACUUUUUAUAGCAUUUGUAUUGAAAUAAGACUGUAUUUAAGCCAUUGAAUACAGGAGAAGAGCUGUAUCUGCCAGCUCUGUUUGCACUGUUAAGAAACAUGUAGAAUGUUCGCUGCUCAUUAAAAAGUGAAAUGCCUCCUGGUCACUUUGGAUGUGCUCUUAUCACUUUAGAAUCUGAUUGUUUUUGUUUAGGACACAGUUGAAAAGGUUCUCCCAGUGUGCUUUUCAGGAACAGCCUAAGUAUAUUAGCAGAAAUGACCAGACAUACUCAAGGAUGCAAAAACCCACACCCAUGGCCAUCACGGGAUAUCUGCAGCAGUGCCAAGUCUGGUUGUUGUCAUGUAAACUUAAAAUAACUGAAGGUUAAAGCUUGCUGAACUGUACCUGGGACAGUAAAUUCUUAAUGAGCAUAAUCUUUUCAGGGAAGGUGAAGAUGUCUUGCUGCUUUAGCGUUUAAGGGUUUUUUUAAAUUACAUGCCGGAACAUUCUUCUUCAACGAUUUUAUUAGUUCAAGCAAACUGUGUGAUCAAAAGGAAACAUCCCCCCUCCCCUAUACUUUUUCAUUUGCACUUCUCUUGGGUGAGACACUCUGCCUUGUUUAGCAAAACUUUAGAAAAUUGUGUGUAUAUACUGUAAAUGUUGAACAUUCAAUACUGUAAAUGUGUAUUCAAAAUGUUUUAGUUGACCAUUUUGUAGAGCUGGGAUGGGGAAAAUAAAGCCCUGAUCAAAACCUUGA